AUGAGGGACGAGCACACGUAUCGAGUAUUCAAGAAAGUGAUGAGGGACGCCACGGCUUUCCCCUACGCCUACGAACACAGCACAGGCAAGGCAAAGGAUAUCACUGUAUGGUGCAGCAACGAUUACCUGGGGAUGAGCUGGCACCCCAAGGUCAGACAAGCGGUCAGAGAGGCCUUAGACAAGUAUGGCGCCGGGGCUGGCGGUACUCGCAACAUCUCGGGAAACUCUCCUCUACACGAGGCCCUGGAGAGUGAGCUAGCGAAGCUUCAUCAGAAGGAGGCUGGACUGAUCUUUUCGUCGUGCUACGUGGCCAAUGAUACAACAUUAUUCACUCUUGCGAAACAACUUCCUGGACUGCAUUUUUUCUCUGACGCUGGCAACCACGCCUCUAUGAUCCAGGGUAUCAGAAACAGCAUGGCUCCCAGGCACAUCUUCCGUCACAAUGACCCGGAACAUCUAGAGGAGCUUCUCCAGCAAGUGGACCCGGCUCUGCCAAAGAUUGUCGCCUUUGAGACAGUUCACUCCAUGGACGGAUCCAUCUGUCCCACUGUCGAGAUGUGUGACGUGGCCCACAAAUAUGGCGCCUUGACAUUUGUGGACGAAGUCCAUGCGGUAGGUCUAUAUGGUCAUCAUGGGGCAGGUGUGGGCGAGCAGGACAACUGUCUGGACAAAAUGGACAUCAUUUCUGGUACUUUGGGUAAAGCAUUCGGAAACAUGGGCGGCUACAUUGUGGGCUCAGCCAAAUUGGUGGACACAGUCCGCAGUUUUGGCGCCGGGUUUAUCUUCACCACCUCACUACCUCCAACUGUUCUGUGCGGCAGUCUGGCCUCAAUCGAGGUUCUGGCUGGAGAAGAAGGGAGACAACUCAGAGCUCGACAACAACACAAUGUCAGCUACCUUCGAGAGAUGCUAGUGUCCGCUGGCCUGCCUGCCUUGCACAGUCCCAGCCAUAUCAUCCCCAUUAUGGUUGGUGACGCCGCUGCAUGUACCGAACUCUCCAAUUCCCUCAUGACCAGGUACGGAAUCUAUGUCCAGUCCAUCAAUUACCCCACUGUAGCCAAGGGUUCAGAACGCCUUCGGGUGGCACCAACGCCGCACCACACCAAGCCCAUGAUGGACCAGUUUGUAGACAACCUUACUCAGCUUUGGAAGGAGUCCGGCCUGGGUCUGUACAGCCAGGUGUGCCCAGACACCUGUGAGUCGUGCAACAGAGAUCUCAGCAUCAGCACUAUGUUUAAGAGCCAACCGAUCUGUCUUCGCAGCAACUGCACCUACGCUUCGUUGCAAGCUGCCCUCGCCUGA